ACGCACUGGAUUGCCACUCCGUCAAGCCACGACAAUACUCGCCGCCACGACGAUGGACGAGUCGGGUGCAUCGACCAAGGCGCAUCUGACGAGGUAUCCGUCGCAAACAUUGUUGAUGCCUCGACGCGAACGGGCGAAACCAAUUUUCUACGGCGUCGACUCGUUCUGGCCGACGCUCAUUGACUUUUACUCGGUGCACGACGACACACGAGUGCUGUGGAGUUCCCGCGCGCAUCGCAAGACGUUUCACACACUUCAUCUGGCGUUCUCAUCCGAUUCAACCUGGGUCAUUAUCUCCUGGAGUCUCUGGUCAGCGUGGUUUUCCGCUCUCGGUGCGGGACUGUUCUUGUAUGGGAGCUACGACGAGACAGUGUUCGCUAAAGCGGCGGCUGCCGCCAACUCCGACUCCAACGAGACCCCCCUUCCCCUUGACUACCUCCACCGGUGGAUCGAUUUACCCUACUUUGUCGGCGCAUUGUCGUUCUUUGUCGCGCAACUCCUCACGUACUUAGAGGUGAUCAACUGCUGCCACGACCUCGAGCGAUGGUUACACGAGUACGUCCACGCAGAUCCACCGAUCCGCAAGAUGAAAUGGCUGGGGUUUUCGCCUUACCGCAUCGACUACUGGAGCGCGCUCCUGCAUGUUCUCGGCUGGUUCCUGUUGGUUUGUGCUCGAGGCUACAUCUACCGCGCCAAGGUCGUCUAUGGCGUUGUCCACCUUUCGAGAGGUGACCCGCGCAUCUUUUGGGGCCAUUGGGUCCCCAGCCUCGUGGGCUACUUUGCGCUCACUGUCGGCGCUUACCUCGCGCAUGUCGAGGUGAUCCAUCGGUGGUUUGUCUGCCGGCUGCAAAAGCUUGAAUUCUGGGUCACUGGCACGAACUGUGUGGCCGUCAUCUUCCUAUUUAUGUGCUCCAUUGGACAGUUCAUUGAUCCGUUCAACCUGGUCUUCUCGGACGAAGGCACGAUGAAUUCGUUCCAGGUCGGCGCCACCUUUGCGCUCGUGUCUGCGAUUCUCAUGGUCGUCGAAGUGUUUCGAUUGCACCUGCCCAUGAAGCACCCAGCUUACGGGAAAUUCGCAGCCGUCACAACCACGACGCAUUACGGGACGAUGUAGAGCGACCGAUGGGCAUCUUUUGUGUUCGAAACAUAGCGUCUUAAGCAAAUAUCACGUUGAGGAACGUUCCCUUCUUCU